AUGAUGGUGCUGACUUCAAUCAAGACCGAGGCGAGGCACUUUGGAAAUACAUGCUAUUGCAACUCCGUCAUUCAAGCUUUAUAUUUCUGCCGUCCAUUUCGUGAAAAAAUACUCCAGUAUAAGCAGCAACUCAAAAAAUCAGGUAGCCAAAAAGAAAACUUGGUGACAUGCCUCGCUGACCUAUUCCACAACAUCGCUACACAAAAGCGGCGGGUUGGCACAAUAGCUCCAAAACGAUUUAUCACCAAGUUGAAAAAAGAAAAUGAACUUUUCGACAAUUACAUGCAACAAGAUGCGCACGAGUUUUUGAACUACUUGCUGAACACAGUUUCUGAAACACUCAUCGAGGAGAAAAACGCGGAAAGAGAGCGCAUGAUGAGGAACGGAACGCUACGCAAAGGCACUCUAGGAACAGAUCGAGGUCGAGAUGAAGCGAGCGGAUCAUCGUCAAAGACCGACACUACUUGGAUCCACGAAAUCUUCCAGGGAACCCUUACGAACGAAACUCGAUGUUUGUGCUGUGAGACUGUCUCCAGCAAAGAUGAGGAUUUUCUGGAUUUGUCGGUGGAUAUAGACCAAAAUGCUUCGAUCACUCAUUGUUUGCGAGUUUUUAGUGAGACGGAAACCCUGUGCGGUGAUCAGAAAUACUUCUGCGAGACAUGCUCAUCGAAGCAAGAAGCCCAAAAGCGAAUGCGUAUCAAACGGUUACCGCAUAUGUUGGCUUUGCAUCUGAAACGUUUUAAAUACAUGGAUCAGCUCAGCCGAUAUACGAAGCUGUCCUAUCGAGUACUGUUCCCAUUGGAGUUGCGAUUAUUUAACGUGAGCGAUGAUGCUUCAAAUGGUGAUCGUCUUUACGAUCUAGUUGCUGCUGUUGUUCAUUGCGGUGCAACGCCGAACCGAGGCCACUACAUCACGAUUGUGAAAAGCAAUUCGUUUUGGUUGCUCUUCGACGACGAUAUAGUUGAUAAGAUGGAUAUCUCAUCGAUGGAGGACUUCUUUGGACUCUCGGACGGCGGCUUGCAAAAGAAUUCUGAGUCUGCUUACAUCUUAUUCUAUCAAGCGCGGGACUGUCCAGACUUGCUGAAAACGAGUGGUUCAGCAAUCUCGAAUCACGCAUCCAUAUGACGUCUGCUUAGCGCAUCUGCAAUCACUCGUCAAUCUAGCUAAGUUGAUAAUGCUCUAGUCGCUUCACCCAUGUGCAACAAGAUACUUAGCGUAGCACAUCGGUCUUAUUCGCACAGGUCGAUUUGUCAGUAAUGUGGUUUUAAGAACCUCUUUCUGUGAAAGAGGUCGCAUUACAGUGCACUUUAUCCCAGAUGCUAACAUUACUGUAGUUCUUCGACUUACUACUUGGAUAAGGGAACAGAGGAUUUAUGAAUGAAGUUGUGAUUUAUUCCAUGUCAAUGCACAUUUGUCGCCAUCUUAUAUGCCUAGCCUUAUAAUGUUCGUCAAGAUUAGAUGAGAUGCCAAUAAGUAAUUUCUAUGUCAUAGCUAGUACUUAUAUACUACAGUAGUGGUAGGAUCCUCUAUUUAUGACUAUGAUUUCUUCUGAUAUUCAUCCGCAAUAUUUCGCUUGUAAAACAAUCUUGAAAUUAUGGGAGUCUCAUUACUGUGUACUGAGAAUCAUAGGAAAUGUUGGCCGCCCGGGUUAGCGUUAGGUGUUCUUCAUUUGUGAUGAUUUUGAAUGUGUACAUAUUUAUUGACUCAAUAAAUUGACAAAUCUUGC